AUGUCAUCAAACAAUUCAUGGUCUACAAAUUCAGAAGUUUCUAAUGCUCCGUCCUCAGAUUUGAUAUCUUCCCAGGAUCUUAAACGUUCGGAGUCGAUGAUUCCAAAAGAACCUGUUCUUCACACUUGUUUUUUUGAUAGCGAUUCUCCUACUGUUACUGUUAGCGUUGAUUCCCGAAAUAACCAACCGUUCGAAAAUCAAGUUGGGGUUCAAGCGAAAACCCAAGUUCAGAUAAAAGCCAAAACUCAGGCUCAAGCUCAAGCUCAAGUUUCAUCUCCACCGGGUUACAAUGGAAUGGCAAUGCGUGCAGGAUAUUCGUUGCAAAGGCAACCAAAUUAUAGCUACCAGAAGGCUACAAUUCCUCCGAGUGCACCAGCGCCUGUACCAGUACCAAUUUCUCUGUCUCCGUCACAUAUGAACUCUGCUAAAGAAUGCGACAGCACAGACCAACUUCUCGAUACAUUACAAUACGAGGGUAUCUCGGGGAUGAAAUCUCAUGCCGAUUUGGCUAAAACAGCUCACAGUGUUAGGAUACUAGCAAAAAGAUUGGAUAAAGCCACUAUUCAUCUUCAGAUGAAUAAUGUAAUGAUUAUCACGAAGGCAAGAGACAACUCUUUGAUAUACCUUACUCGAGAAUUGGCUGAAUGGCUAUUGAAGCGGUAUCAGAAGACAACAGUUUAUGUUGAUUAUCAUUUAGAGCAUUCACAUAGGUUUAACUUUGAGGCUUUGAUAGCGGAUGUGACAAAUGGAAAGGAAAGGCUAAAGUGCUGGACCAAAAAGCUCGCAUUAGAGAAGCCGGACCUAUUCGAUUUUGUUAUUACUUUAGGCGGUGAUGGUACUGUACUAUAUGCGUCCACGCUUUUUCAAAAGGUCGUUCCUCCUAUUAUUUCAUUCUCCUUGGGAUCAUUGGGAUUUCUUACAAAUUUCCAAUUCGAGGAUUUCCGGACAACGUUAGAUCUGGGGAUUAAACUGGGUGUUAAAACUAAUCUUCGAAUGAGGUUCACGUGCCGUGUUCACGAUGCCGACGGUGCGUUGAUAUGCGAGCAGCAGGUGUUAAAUGAACUGACCGUGGAUAGAGGUCCGUCUCCCUUUGUCACAAUGCUGGAACUUUAUGGAGACGGUUCUUUAAUUACCGUGGCUCAGGCUGAUGGUCUAAUCAUAGCUACUCCGACAGGAUCCACUGCUUAUUCGUUAAGUGCUGGGGGCUCGCUUGUUCAUCCAAGCGUAAGCACCAUUUGUGUGACCCCCAUCUGUCCGCACACGCUUUCGUUCAGACCGAUAUUACUUCCGGAUUCUAUGGUCUUGAAAAUCAAGGUACCACUGAGAGCUCGAUCACAUGCAUGGGCAUCCUUUGAUGGUAGAGAAAGAACAGAGAUGAGUAAAGGCUACUAUGUGACUGUUAGUGCUUCCCAAUAUCCUUUCCCCACUGUGAGAUCGUCGAAGAGUGAAUAUUUUGAAAGCGUUUGCAGCGUUCUUAACUGGAACAAACGUGAAGAGCAAAAGUCGUUUGUCCAUUUGCUAAGCGAUAAGAAUAAGAAGUCUUACAAUGAUUACAGAGAGUCGCAUGAGAGACGAUGUUUGGAUCAUGAUAUCGAUCAGGAUGGUGAAGGCUAUAACUACUCGCACUCCGACGAUCCUGUAAGUGCGUAUAGCAGCGACGUUCGAGACGAGCAUGUGAUGUACAAUGAUAAAAUUGAUGAUGUGGUUUCCAAUGGUAGAUAUGAAAUUGACUAUAGCGAUGAUUUGGAUGAUUUGGAAUUGGAAGACUCGCUAAGCAAUGAAGUCAAGGGAAAGUUAAAGAUAGGUAUGGCAGACAGCUUUACUGAUGGGAACAAGCCACAAUUUUAUACUGGAGAUUCCUCUGUGAGUACAAGCAGUGGAUCAUCUUCACCCUUAUAA